GUUUUUUAAAAUGAAUUUAAAUGGGAAUUUUUCUUUUUCAUUUAUUCUAUUAAAAGUAAUUGGUGGAGCAGGUUUUCAAAAUGUUUGCGCAAAACAAUGUAUUGUAUCACAAUUUUUUUGACACUAUUGGCAUGUAUUGUCACUGCUGAAGAAUCACACCACUGUCAUGCAAAUGAUGACAAUCCCUACUUACAUUUUGGUACAAAAUCUGCCUAUAAUUUUAUGCAUGGAGAAUUGAAAACUCAACAAAAUUGUAGACCAAUUCAACUUUUUGUUGUUGUGAGACAUGGAACACGUUACCCUGAUUUAGAUCAGAUUCCAAAUAUGCAAAAAUUAUUAAUUCUUCGUGAUGAAAUUAUUUCCAAUCACAGAGAAAAGCAAAUGGGACAUCUUUGUGAAAGUGAUUUGAAAAAUUUAGAGAACUGGAAAUUGGAUGAUAAUGUCACGGACAAUAUGACAGAACUUUUAACACCGCAGGGAGAAAAUGAUUUAAAGGGAUUGGCACUACGAUUAAAGGCAGCUUUUCCAGAACUUUUAACAACAAUUAAUAAUAGUAGUACGAACGAUUAUGUGUUCAGGUCAACUAAAACUCAACGAACGGAAAAAAGUAUGUCAUCAUUUAUCGAGAGAUUAUUCGGUAAUAAAAAUGCAGUAACACCGGAAAAUGUGCCUAACAACGAUACCUUAUUACGAGCAAAUAAGCAAUGUGUCCCAAUGAGAAAAGAAGUCAGACGAAAUAUAUUUACCGCUGAGCGUAAUAAAUUUGAUAAUGAACCAGAGAUGAAAAAUUUAAUUCACAACGUUAGUCGUCGACUUGGUUUUCAAAACAAUAUCACCCUGGAUUCAGUGAUUUCAAUGUACGAUAUGUGUAGAUUUGAAAAAGCUUGGAAUGUGGAUAAAAUUUCUCCAUGGUGUGCCGUAUUCAGCAAACAAGAAUUUAUUGUUCUUGAAUUUAGAGAGGAUUUAUAUUAUUACUAUUAUGUCGGACCUGGUAACAGGAGAAAUGCUAUACUCGGAUGUCCACUUAUGAAGGACUUGUUUCAACACUUUCGAAAAUUGGAAGGAAAUGAUUUUAAUCAAGAGCCAAAGGGGAUUUUUUACUUUGCACAUACAGCGACUCUUCAACCUUUACUGACAGCUUUGGGAUUUAAUAAUGGUUCUCAGCCACUAUUGGCCACUAAUUUUCAAGAAUCAAAAGAACGUCAGUGGAGAACAUCGUUUAUUGGCCCGUUUGCAACUAAUUUGGUUGCUGCCUUUUACAAGUGCAAAAACGAUAAUUCAACAAAUGUGCAAAACAAAGUGGUGUUCCAUUGGGCAGAGAGAUUAGUGAAAUAUGAUGGUUGCACUCAAGGACUAUGCAAUUGGGAAUACAUAAAUGAUAAACUUGGCAAAAAAGCUGACGAUUGUAAUAUGGAUUUCUGCUUUAAUGCAACUAAACUUGCGAAAUAAUGUUCUUGAAUGAUAUUCUUUAAUAAUAUUUUUAAAUUUAUAAUCGUAAAAUAAAAAGUUCAGAAGCUGAAAUUUUUACAUUUUUUUGCAGUGUGUGUUAAUAAUUCGAAAACAGAAAAAUGACGUUUUCGAUUUUCAAUAAAUUGUGAAAAUAAAUAUUUAUAUGAAUAUUGAGGAACAUGUGUUUUCUAUAUGUAUGUAUACAGUUGUUUUAUUGCAUAAAUUUUAUCUAUCUACGAAAAUUUUAUCCGGAAAAUUUUCAUUUUCAAAUAUUUUCUCCAAUUAUUUACAGAGUUCUGUAAUUCGUUAAUGCACAGGAAAAAACUUUUGCAUAAAUGUCGAUCUACAUUUUUAAAAAGAGAAAUAAUUAUAAUAAUAAGAAAAUCUUUUGAA